AUGGAUCCCCUUGACUCGGCCAAGAUAAAAUGUUCCUGGCGUCACUAUCUCCCUUGGCUGUUUUUGCAGCUGCUUUUGGCUCUGUGCUUUUUCUCCUACCUGCGUGUGUCCCAGGACGCGCCCACAUGGGCCCCUGAAGCAAAGGCCCCCUGCCAGACCACAGCGGCGCCCUCCAGCCACCCACCCCUGCUUCUGCUGCUGUGGACGUGGCCCUUCCAUGUCCGGGUGGCUGUGUCUCGCUGCUCGGAGCUGCGGCCUGGCACGGCCGACUGCCAGCUGACUGACAACCGCGGGGAGUACCCCCGGGCAGAUGCAGUCCUCGUGCAUCACCGGGAGGUCAGCUCCCACCCCCGAAGGCAGCUCCCGCCUUCCCCUCGGCCCCCCGGCCAGCGCUGGGUCUGGUUCAGCAUGGAAUCGCCCAGCCACUGCCCACAGCUCAAGGCCCUGGACGGGUACUUCAACCUGACCAUGUCCUACCGCAGGGACUCUGAUAUCUUCAUGCCAUACGGAUGGCUCGAGCCAUGGCCCGGCCAGCCUGUGGACGUGCAGCUCAACAUCUCGGCCAAGAACAAGCUGGUGGCCUGGGUGGUGUCCAACUGGAGGGAGGACUCGGUCAGGGUGCGCUACUACCGGCAGCUGCAGGCCCACCUCCAAGUGGAUGUGUAUGGGCGCUCCCACAAGCCACUGCCCUCGUCAGCCAUGACCACGCAGCUGUCCCAGUACAAGUUUUACCUGGCUUUUGAGAACUCCUUGCAUACUGACUACAUCACCGAGAAGCUAUGGAGAAACGCCCUGCUGGCCUGGGCCGUGCCCGUGGUGCUGGGCCCCAGCCGGAGGAACUACGAACAGUUCCUGCCCCCCGAAGCCUUCAUCCACAUCAAUGACUUCCAGAGCCCCAAAGAACUGGCCCAGUAUCUGCUGGCACUGGACAAGGACGACGCCCGCUAUCUGGGCUACUUCCGCUGGCGGGAGACCCUGCGGCCUCAAUUCUUCAGCUGGGCCUUGAUGUUCUGUAAGGCCUGCUGGCGGCUGCAGCAGGAGCCCAGCUACCAGACAGUGCCCAGCAUCGCGUCUUGGUUCACAUAAGCCAGGCAACCUGGGGCCUGGGCUGCCGGGAGCCUGGGGGCAUAAGUGGCUGGAGCUUUCGCUUACCGGUGGCUUCUCCUGCCAGGCACCUCUGAUGCCAGGAAUCUUGCCUCCCUGGGAAAUGGCUUUUGAGGAGCUCCCCCUAAUGGAGGGCUACCUGCCAGGGGCCAUGACUGCUGGGGACCUCCCCAACUAGGUCACUCACCCCCUGGGGAACUGGCCUUAGUGUCCUUAGUGAUAGUGCUGAUGGAUUUGCAUGUGA